UCUUGAACACCCCCGACGAGCUCCUCUCCGACAACCCUCACGUUCGCGACACCAACCCUUGCACGACGACCCUCUGUCCAAAGAAAAACUCUACCGCGCGGUAUGGCCAACCUCGGCUACGCGCAAGCUGCGGUCUCAACCGCAUUCCGCGCAACCGCCUAUCUCUUCCUCGAAGUGAUUCCCCACUCUUCUGCGAAAUAUCUGCUCUCCAUCUUGUAUGUGACAUACCUAGUGUUGUACUCCUUCCAACCACCUGCUCUUGAACAAUCGCCCACGACCAAAGACGAGCCCUCGAACGGGGAGGCCAAGGUACCUUUCCCGACUGACGAGAAGAGCGUAGAGGAAGACAGUGAGGACACAAAGACCGAGUCUGAGGACUCGAAACCCUUGCCACCGGUCCCGACCUCUCCUGAAGAGUCUAGCAGUCUAUAUACCCUUCUGCUAUCCUUGCCCACGCCGUCGCGUCAUCUGCGUCUAACCAACCUCUUCAUCAACACCUUGCUCGCUGUUGCUGCACUAGAGUUCGUCACCUACCCAUACUUUGACGACGCAGCAGACGUGGUGUACACUCGCAUCGGCGCGGUAUACCCAGAUGCUGCCAAGAUCGUCGUUCGAUACCCCGGGCUUGCUGGCUUUAACCAGACCAACGCCACUGUUCAAAUCGCCUGGAGACAGGUCCCCAACUCAGGGGCCGUGGAGUCGGAAGCGUGGAAGGAUGGGCCUGUCACACUACUGAGCGAGGAGCUUGACUGGGUGAACACUGUCAAGGUCUCUGGUCUCUGGCCGAGCACUACCUACGAGUACGUUGCUCCCUAUCCCUCGUCGCCUAUCCGCUUCCACACCUUCCCAGACCCAUACCUCAACAGUGGCGUCAAUUUCCGCUUCCUGGCUUCCUCAUGCAUCACCCCCAACUUCCCCUACGCCCCGCUCCAGGGCCGCAGGAUCAAGGGCUUCGACGUGCUCGCGGACUAUCUCUGGCCGAAGAUAACGCCCAGCAAAUUCACGACGCUCUCCCCCGAACCGAGCCCGCCCACGCCUCCCGAGACGGAAGCUCCAGAGAAGAGUGCCUCUGGGACGUCUGCGUUGGACGCACCGGAACCUACGGCUGCGCCUGUCUUUUCAGUGAAUGCACAGACGGUAGAGGCCGUGUCGAGCAAAGCGCCUACGGAGUUCAUGAUCUUCAUGGGCGACUUCAUCUAUGCGGACGUGCCAAUUUAUUACGGAGACGACAAGGAGGCCUACCGCCGUCUGUACAGGAGGAACUACCAGAGCCCCAGCUUCAGGAAGGUGUACGAGCGGCUUCCGUUCAUUCAUACGUACGAUGAUCACGAGAUCAUCAACAAUUACGCCGGGCAUUCCAAUGACUCUGCCCCACCGUUCGCGAACGCAAACGAUGCUUUUGCGCUGUACAACGCACAGGGCAACUACGACUCCUCCCAUUCUGGUCAGCAUUACUACGACUUCCGCUACGGCGACGUCGCGUUCUUCGUCAUGGACACGCGGAGGCACAGGUCUAUCAUUGAAGAGACAGACGAGCCCAGCAGGACGAUGCUCGGAGAACAGCAACUGACGGCCCUAUACGACUGGCUGGGGAAGGUGAACAACACCGCGACGUUCAAGUUCGUCGUCACCUCCGUGCCCUUCACGGGCCUCUGGACCUACGAAGGCGUGUUUGAGACCUGGAACGGCUUCCAGUACGAGAAGACCUCCCUCCUGAACGCGUUCCACACCGUCCCCAACUUUGCCGCCGUCGAGUUCCCGAGCGCGAACCCAGCGCGGACGGUGUAUGAAAUCUCGACGAGCCCGCUGAGCAUGUUCUACUCGCAGAGCGAGGACGUGAUCAAUAGGACGAAGGAGGUGUAACGUGCUGGAGGAUGGUACACGGAAACGGUGACGGUGACGGAGGAGGUGCCGCAGGAGAAGUCUUGAAUAUAUUGCGGAUGGGAACUACAAGUGGUAAGUGACACGCUCACUCGUCGGUGCUGGCGAGCUGACACGAUGAUCUCCAACAGGUCCUCGAUUGAGGUCGACACC